UUAUUAAAUGUGCUUUUAACAUUGGUAAAUUAUUUGUCAUUUAUAAGUAAAAAUGGUUAAACGUUUAAAAAUAAUAAUUAUAAUUUCUACCUUUACUUGUUUAGUGUCAGUUACUGAAACAGUGCAACAUAAGGAAUAUUACAGAAGCUUACCUCCUGUGGAUUAUAGUUUAGCCAACGCAGAGAAGAAUGAUGUUAAAUAUAGACUUUUUACAAAUAUAUCUGAUGAAACUGGUACCUUUUUAACUGAAGAGAGUGUCAAAAAUAUUAAUAUAAAAAAAUAUGUACCAACAAUAGUCUUAAUUCAUGGUUGGACGACAAAUGAUACUUCACCAUGGUAUCCUAUAGUUAAAAAUAAAUAUUUUGAAAAAGGUACACAUAACAUAAUUUAUAUUAAUUGGCAAAAAGCCGGUAAUUUGGAAUAUGAUGUAUCCUCGGCUAAUAUUAAACCAGUUGGAAAAUAUAUAGCUGAGUUUUUAAUAAAAUCUGGGAUACAAAGAGAACAAGUUCAUAUAAUAGGUCACUCUUUGGGAUCCCAAUUGGCAUCAUUUAUAGGCAAAUUUUAUACCAAAUUAACUGGAGAAAAGUUAGGUCGCAUUACAGGGUUAGACCCUGCUGGACCCAAGUUUGAACAUCCACUUUUGCCAGAAAACUUGCAUCUUAGCCAAAAAGAUGCUGAAUUUGUAGAUGUGAUCCAUACUGAUAUUGAAUGGUUUGGGUAUACAAUGCCUAUUGGUCAUAUAGAUUUUUAUCCAAAUAAUGGUGGGCAUCAGCCAGGUUGCCCUACAAGAGAAAUAGAUGAUAAUUGUAGUCAUGCCCGCUCUACAUUAUAUUUCGCUGAAUCAAUAAGUAAAUCAAUUGUUGCUACAGAAUGUACAAUAGAAGCUGAAGACACUAUUAAUAUUAAAACUAUUGAAGGGGGUAAGCAAGUUAUUUUUGGUCAAAAAACAAAUAAAAAAGCUAGAGGCUCUUACGUAUUUUCAACAAAUUCAGAAAAAUUAUUCUUGUAAUUUAUGCUAACUGAACAACAAAUUAAAUAAACUUAUAUUACUGGUUUGUAUUUUAUUUUUUAAAGUGGAAGUAGUUUUAAGACAUUUUUGCUGUCUGUUAAUAAUACAAAUUUGUAUUAAACAAAAUAAUUAGUACUUCA